CCCGCCCCGCUCCCCCUCGCGCCCCGGGGGCCCAGCUGGCCGCGGAGAUGGGCGACAUGGAGUCUUACAAAGUGAUGCUGAAUGGGCCAGCACCGUGGGGCUUCAGGCUGCAAGGAGGGAAGGAUUUCAGCAUGCCGCUUUCCGUUUCCAGGCUGACACCGGGCGGGAAGGCAGCCCAGGCUGGCGUGGGAGUGGGCGACUGGGUGCUGUACAUCGACGGGGAGAGCACCAGCUCCAUGACACACAUCGAGGCCCAAAACAGGAUCCGUGCCUGUGGGGACCGGCUCUCCCUCACCCUGAGCAGAGCCCAGAACCAGAUGGGGAAGCCGCAGAAGGUGCUGAGCCUUGACAAGCAGCCGCUGGAGCCCCCUAGCACACCUGUCUAUGACCCUGAAAAGUUGAGGCUGAUAGAGGAUGCUACGGACUGGCGACCCCGCACUGGGACCUCUCAGUCCCGCUCCUUCCAGAAACUGGCCCGGCUGACGGGCACAGAUGGCAUGGAGGAUCAUGAGGAUGAGCUUGUUAAAAAGCCCAGCCAGGUCUCCGUGCUGGACCCAUCCCCAGGAGCAGCGAUGAAGACUGAGCCAGGACUGGCCCCUAGGACCCCUGCCGCGACCCCUGGCCCUACCAGCCGCCCUCCCUGGGCUGUCGACCCCUCGUUUGCGGAGCGCUAUGCCCCAGACAAGACCAGCACGGUGGUGAGCAAGCACAGCCAGCCGGCCACGCCGACCCCCAUGCAGAACCGCAGCUCCAUCGUGCAGGCCGCCCAGCAGGGCCCCGAGGCUUCCAACCGCACACCCCUCUGCUACAAGUGCAACAAGGUCAUCAGGGGACGGUACUUGGUGGCACUGGGACACUAUUACCACCCUGAGGAGUUCACCUGCUGCCAGUGCAGGAAAGUGCUGGAUGAGGGUGGCUUCUUUGAGGAGAAGGGCUCCAUCUUCUGCCCCAAGUGCUAUGACACGCGCUAUGCGCCCAGCUGUGCCAAGUGCAAGAAGAAGAUCACUGGAGAGGUCAUGCAUGCACUGAAGAUGACCUGGCAUGUGCAGUGCUUCAUGUGUGCUGCCUGCAAAACUCCCAUCCGCAACCGUGCCUUCUACAUGGAGGAGGGACAGCCCUACUGUGAGAGAGACUAUGAGAAGAUGUUUGGCACCAAGUGCCGUGGCUGUGACUUCAAGAUUGACGCUGGGGACCGGUUCCUGGAGGCACUGGGAUUCAGCUGGCACGACACUUGCUUCGUCUGCGCGAUCUGCCAGACCAACCUGGAAGGGAAGACGUUCUACUCUAAGAAGGACAAGCCGCUCUGCAAGAGCCAUGCUUUCUCCCAUGUGUGAGGGGCAGGAGCUCAGCUGUGCCCACGUGUGCCCCUGGCCCUGCAUGCUUUUCUCCCCACUGCUGCUGUGCCCAGGGAGACAGGCUGGGCCCUCAUACCUACUCCUUGUUCCUUCCUCUUUCCUGGCUCCAGCUGGAGAGUGCUGGGUCCAGAGCCCCUUAUAGCUCAAUGGCUUCUUCUGUGCUCCUCAACUGGCCCUAGGAGCCCUGGUAAUGGGACACUGCAUGGGUCUCCUGCCCCCAGGCCACACAGCAUCGUGACUGCAGCCCUGCUGAGGCUGGAGCUGGGGAAGUUCUGAACCACCAAGGGCUAUUCCCUUGCUCAGCUGGGGCCCAUCUGCCUGGCAGUUUCAGUACGGGGGCAGGGAUGGUCCCAGUACAUCCCUGAGUGGGUGAGGGCCAGCCCACCCACUUUCCCUGCUGUGUGCUUAGUGCAUGGCUGGAGACUCAGCCCUGCUCCCCUGCCGGGGCCCUGCCUGCAGCAAGCCUCUGGCCACUCUUAUGCCUACUGCCAUGGGUUCCUACCUGUCUGUGUGCAUGGGAGUCUGUGCUUCAUGUGCCCCAACCCAGCUGGCCUGCUAAUUCCUUGGGCUGGCAUGUGGGGGCUGGCAUAUGGCAGCACCCCCAGACUGGCUGGGCCAGGGAGCAGGGCAGCACACCAAACCCACCUGGUGGUGGGCUCACAACAUGUAAUGAUGGCUGGUGGGCUCUGCAAGGCUUGGGCAUGGCUUCCUACCAAAGAGUGCUCUGCCACUGCUGUCACAAUCUGUAAGUGCCCCUCCCAAACCCACACUCUCCAGUUAGGCUGCUUCUGAUGUAGCCACGGUGCUUUUAGUGCCUUUAAUAAACACUU